UACACGAUAGAGUGACUAAUUAGUAGAAAGUCUAAAGUUUCCGUUUGCAUAAAUUUUAAAGGAAGCGGGUUGGGUAAUCAGAUCACAUUAAAACGAGAAUCUGAUACACCGUCCUGAGUUUAUUAAUGAGACAGUGGUGUAGUCAAGUUUGCGGAAUAAAUAAUUAUUGUAAUUGUCGAAUUUCUAUGAGUUUUUAAGUGCCGAAGAUCCGUCAAGGAUUCAGCUGUUUAUGCGAGCGUGUGUCACGGUAAACCAGAUAGGUGAGAAACUAAAAUCGAAUCCGUGAUCAACUAAAAUUCGUAGAGACAUUAUUUUAGUGCACCUGUGGUAAACAAUAAUUGAAGAGUUUUAUAAAACGUGUUGUAGUGACGCCAAUGACUUCUGGUAAAUCCAGUGCUAUUUACAUACAUCUUUAUAACUAAAAAGAAAGAAAAAGACGCAGAAUAGUUUCUGAACCAGCGGAAUAACGAUGUCAGUGUUUUGAUGUUCUUCACAAUGACAAGAAAACGGAUACUUGACUGUUUCAUAUUGUUAAUUAUUUGUUGCCGUUCUGCGUUUGCGCAAGUUGGAAGUAGCUGCCAGGUGAAAGUCACCGGAGUCGCAGGGGUGUGCCGGAUCGCAUCGGACUGCCCUGUGGUGCAAGAGCAGGCCCAAAACGGGAUAAGUCCCACAAUAUGUGGCUUCUAUCAGCUAACAGUGCCCAUAGUGUGUUGUGAAACAAGUCCUUUCGCAGAACCCAACGACGGGUUAUUACCCAGUCGGCCUGAUUCAUCGGAUCAUCGCAGGCCUGGACGUCCCAGUACGGGUCAUAGAGAACCAAAUCCCAACACAUUCUUAAGUCAAGAAGAGCCAAAUAAUCCAGACGCUUUUGUUUAUCCAGAUCAUCACCAGAAUGAACCCGUUGUGUCUCAGCGCUUGAGUAAAAGCGAGCAGAAAUGCCAGGAGUAUAGUAAGGCCAUUAGCGGCAUAGUCCAGGCUAUUCCUUUGGUAACUCAUACUGAAGUUGUAAGCGUAAAUGUUCCCAAGUGUGACUACAACGGAGUUGCGUUAAUAGUCGGGGGCAAGCCUGCCUCUGCUGGGGAAUUCCCGUUUAUGGCGGCCAUUGGCUUCGACAGCGAUAAUAAAGUCGAGUGGAGGUGUGGCGGUACGCUGAUUAGCGAAGAAUACGUUCUGACGGCCGCCCACUGCACUUUUACACACGACAGGGAGUCGCCGACGGUAGUGCGUCUGGGGGAACUCGAUUUGUCUCGAGAAGAUGAAGGUACGGAGUACGCGGACUACAGCGUCAAAAAUAUCAUCGUUCAUCAUAAUUACACAUACCCGAGGAAAUACUACGACAUUGCUCUCAUCCAGUUAGCUCCAAGAGUCAAGUUCACCAAAUUUAUUCGGCCUGCGUGCCUUUACACUAAAUCACAAGUGGAACUGCCUCAAGCGGUGGCCACGGGAUGGGGCAAAACCGAUUACGCGGCCGCGGAAAUUAGUGACAAACUAAUGAAGGUGUCGCUCAACAUCUACAGCAACAGCAGGUGUUCGCAAACUUAUCAAGUGAACAAGCAUUUGCCGCAAGGUAUUAAGUCUAACAUGAUAUGUGCUGGGGAGCUCAAAGGAGGAAUGGAUACGUGUCAGGGCGACUCAGGAGGACCUCUUCUUAUCACCAAGAAAGGCAAUCAAUGCGAGUUCUACGUGAUUGGUAUCACAUCCUUUGGAAAGUCGUGCGGACAAGCCAAUACACCCGCUAUCUACACUAGAGUGUCUUCAUUCGUGUCUUGGAUCGAAAGAAUCGUUUGGUAGACGAAGCACGGAAUUAAUUACAAAUUUUCUAUUUUUUUUAAUCAUUUCACAUACAUACGUAUUUGAAAAAUUUACAAUUUAAAGUACUGUAUAAAAGAAGAAUAAAGUUGUACUUCAACGUA